AUUCACUUUUCGAUUUACGUUCUGAGAGAAGGUUGUGCUGGAACAAUUCAAGACUGGAGACUGAAUUUUUUCUAUAAGUUUCAAAAUGGCCAACUUUGUGGAAGAAGAUGAUUCUAUUGAUUUAACCGAAGAUGAAAUAGCACUGGAGAAAGUUCACUCUUAUAAGAAUGGUGGUGAAAGCGGCGACAAGAUGAACUCUGAUGACUUUCGUGGUGAAACACCACGCAAUCGAAAACGUCCUCGUGGUGGUGCUGGUGCAAUGCAGAAUAAAAAGAACCUAGAUAACAACUCUGGGAAUUUUGGACAUGAGAAUGCGCAUUCGUCUCAAUUUACUGGACAAAAGAAUGAUGGGCCGCAGAAUUUUGGCCAAAAGCUACGCCAACUAUCGGAGCCUACUCUGGACCUAGAGCCGAUUGAGGAUCAGAUAAUCAAAUUCAGUGGUCGCAGUCGUCUCUAUAUAGGCAAUCUGGGUGCAAAUACUAAAGAAAGUGACUUGCGUGAAUUAUUUAAACCAUUCGGAGAGAUCGACGACAUUUUCAGUAAUCCCAGAAAGAAUUUUACCUUUCUAAGGGUUGACCUAUACGAUAAUGCGGUCAAAGCCAAACUGGCUCUGGAUGGAAGCAUGUACGAUGGACGGCAGUUGCGCGUUAGCUUUGCCCCCAAAGCAUCUUCAGUACGUGUGAGUAAUCUCAAUGGUUUCGUUUCCAACGAGUUGCUUUACAAGUCGUUCGAGAUCUUUGGACCGAUUGAACGAGCCACCAUUAAAGUGGAUGAUCGUGGCAAGUCAUUGGGUGAGGGUUACGUUGACUUUGUCAAAAACUCGACGGCCAAAAUGUGUCUACGGAUGUGCCAGGAGAAAUGCUUCUUUUUGACUGCAUCGCUACGCCCUUGUGUGGUGGAACCGAAGGAAUUGAUCGAUACUAUUGGGGGAUUGCCCGAGAAUUCUCUUAAUAAAAGGAUGCCAGAUUUCAUUGCAGAACGCAGCGUUGGGCCGCGUUUUGCCGAAUUUAAUACGUUUGAGCAUGACUAUGGGGGCAAGUGGAAAAUAUUGCACAAUGAAUUCAAAAUGAAGCAAGAAGAACUCAAGCGGGAGCUACGAAAAGAAGAGGAUAAACUAAUGGCUCAAUUGGAGUAUAUACGCAAUGAACGUGAAACUAAUCGUUUGCGCGAGGAGCUUCGUCAACGUGAAGUAAUGCAAGAGCGUCAAAGAUUGUUUUGGGAAAUGCACAGGAAGCGAGCUGAAGACGAGGUCCCUCAACGUGACUUACGCAGGCAGCGUCAAGGACAUCCUUAUCAGCAGGAUGACAUCGAUUGCGGCAACGAACCUGGUGAAGGUCGCUUCCAACUCGAUCGUUUCAUUCGUGGUGAGAACAAGGUGCCGUUGCUGGAUCUACACGAGAACGCUGCAAAUCACAAUAGAAACCAAAUUCGCCAAGGACACCCUUAUCAGCAGGAUGACAUCGAUUACGGCAACGAACCCGGUGAAGGUCGCUUUCAACUUGAUCGUUUCUUUCGUGGUGAGAACAAGGUGCCGCUGCUGGAUCUAAACGAGAACGAUGCGAAUCGCCAUAAAAACCUAAUUCGUAUUGUCCGCCAGGGAAACGAAAUGCAGCGUUAUCAACAGGAGGGUGAUCAUUUCGGUGCUAAUGUCUACAAUUCGACUCCUUUUGAUGUUUUUGGCAACGUUUCCAACCAUGAAGACGUUUCUGUUCCACAAAAUGACACGGAUGAGCGCUUGAACACUUCCGAUGAUUUUUUUUAAAUUGAUGCCAACUAUUUUGAGAAAUAAAACGCCUUAACUGAA